AUGACGGCCUCCAGGUCCCUUCACAAAACAAGCAGCCUCGAAUCUUCUGCGCUUCCCAUCGCAGAACUGGAACGUGUCCUGGACGGUUGCAGGAUGGAAUUGAAGGAGGUGGACGAAGUCUGGCCCCAUCUUUAUCUCGGUAACAUCGUGAUAGCCCAUGACAAGGACGAACUGCGGCGACUGGGCAUCACUCACAUACUGAACGCUGCGCAUGGAGCUUGGGGAAGCCAAGGAUGCCAACUCUUCUAUGGUCAGGAAAUCCAUUACCACGGAAUAGCAGCAGAAGACACCCCUGACUUCAACCUGAGUGUCCAUUUCCACCCUGCUUCAGAGUAUAUCCACAAAGCACUGAGCGCUCCCCAAGGGAAGAUUUUGGUUCACUGCAUCCUCGGUAAAAGCCGAUCAGCAACCUUGGUGCUGGCUUAUCUCAUGAUCUGCCACAGCUUUUCACUGAGGGAUGCUGUGGAAAAGGUCCUCCUGCACAGAGCCAUCUCCCCAAACUGUGGGUUCCUGAAACAGCUGCGAGAUCUUGAUCUGGAGUUGCGGUACAAGAUGAACCCGUGUCAACUUCUGUAA